UAAAAGAAGGAGGUCCGAAGCUACGUCGUCGCAUCCCGAUUUCGGAAGAGAGAGGCGGAAACGUGGAGGGGCAGGCAGGGGCCUAAGAUCGCCGAUCUCCGCAUUCGCCGAUCGUAUCCCGGCCGCAGAGUCAAGAGAUCGGAGGGCUCAAGGCCGGGGUUUCCUCAGCGGGUCGGCGGAGAUGAACAUCUUCAGGUUAGCGGGCGACAUGACGCAUCUCAUGAGCGUCCUCGUCCUCCUCCUCAAGAUCCACACCAUCAAAUCAUGCGCCGGCAUAUCUUUGAAGACGCAAGAGCUUUAUGCUCUUGUUUUUGCCACUCGUUACUUGGAUAUAUUUACUGAUUUUAUCUCGGUCUAUAAUACAAUUAUGAAGCUUAUAUUCUUGGGGAGCUCAUUUUCAAUUGUCUGGUACAUCCGAAGACACAAGAUUGUUCGCAGAUCUUAUGACAAGGACCAAGAUACUUUUCGGCACUUUUUCCUUGUGUUACCAUGUCUACUGUUGGCCCUAAUUAUAAAUGAAAAGUUCACAUUUAAGGAGGUUUUGUGGACCUUCUCGCUGUAUCUGGAAGCAGUUGCAAUACUUCCUCAAUUGAUAUUGUUGCAAAGGACAAGAAAUAUUGACAACUUAACUGGUCAAUAUGUUUUUCUGCUGGGAGCAUAUAGAGCAUUGUACAUCCUGAACUGGAUUUACCGAUACUUCACUGAGCCUCAUUAUGUUCAUUGGAUAACAUGGAUCUCAGGAUUAGUUCAGACACUGCUGUAUGCUGAUUUUUUCUACUACUACUUCAGCAGUUUGAAGAACAAUGUUAAGCUCAAGCUACCGGCAUAACUUCAUCACUUGGAGACCAACUGUAGUAGGAUGUAGUUGUGAGGCUUCACUACUGUAAAGUAAACAUCUCUGAGAUCAUGGACCGUCAUUUUAUCCAACACUAGCAACUUUGAACUGUUUGGUCCUAUUUUUUAUUCCUCCUUAUGAAUGCAUGUAUACUUGCUUGGCUAAGAUGACAAAUUUGGCAAAGUCAUAUUGUGUUUGAGUAGCAAAACGCAAUUGCAUUUUAUAUAUUAUCUUGCAGUUUACUCUA